AUGGGGUGCCUCGUCCGGCUUCUACUCCUGGCUUUCCUGAUGCCCGGGCUCGCCAUCCCCGUGCCGCCAAGACCAAAGGCCCUCAGCAACCUGCACUUGUCCACCAGCUUUACAUCACGCCCUUCUAUAGUCAUGAAGUACUCGAUUCAGUACAUCGAACAGAAGAUUGAUCAUUUUGGAUUUAACAAUGAGAAAACUUUUAAACAGCGGUACCUAAUAGCUGAUCAACACUGGAGGAAAGAGGGUGGAUCAAUACUUUUCUAUACUGGUAAUGAAGGGGACAUUAUCUGGUUUUGCAACAAUACGGGGUUCAUGUGGGAUGUGGCUGAGGAACUGAAAGCUAUGUUGGUGUUUGCUGAACAUAGAUACUAUGGACAGUCUCUACCCUUUGGUGCUGACACAUUCCAGGAUCCCAGACACUUGAAUUUUCUGACAUCGGAACAAGCUCUAGCUGAUUUUGCAGAGUUAAUCAAACACUUAAAAAGGACAAUUCCAGGAGCUGAAAAUCAACCUUUCAUAGCCGUGGGGGGCUCUUAUGGUGGCAUGCUUGCAGCCUGGUUCAGGAUGAAAUAUCCUCAUAUGGUGGCUGGAGCUCUUGCAGCCUCUGCCCCUAUCUGGCAGUUUGAAGAUUUAGUACCUUGUGGAGUAUUUAUGAAAAUUGUAACUAUGGAUUUUAAGAGAACUUGCCCAAAUUGUUCAGAGAACAUCCGAAGUUCCUGGGGUGCCAUUAAUCGAUUCACAAGAAACAGUACUGAUUUGGAUUGGCUCUCUAAAGCCCUUCACUUAUGUACACCAUUAAAAAAUGCUCAGGAUGUUCAGCAUUUGAAAGAUUGGAUCUCUGAAACUUGGGUAAAUCUGGCAAUGGUGGACUACCCUUAUGAAUCUAGCUUUUUACAGCAUUUGCCUGCUUGGCCAAUCAAGGUGGUGUGCCAGUAUUUGAAAAAUUCCAAUUUAUCAGAUAAAGAGUUGCUGCAGAAUAUUUUCCAUGCUCUGAAUGUAUAUUACAAUUAUUCAGGCCAGGCAACAUGCCUGAAUAUGUCAGAGACAUCAACUAGCAGUCUGGGAUCCCUGGGUUGGAGCUAUCAGGCUUGCACAGAAAUGGUCAUGCCCUUUUGUACCAAUGGUAUUGAUGACAUGUUUGAACCUUAUCUGUGGGACUUGAAGACAUUUUCAGAUGAUUGUUUUAAACAGUGGGGUGUGAAACCAAGGCCCUCCUGGAUCACUUCUAUGUAUGGAGGCAAAGACAUCAGUUCCCACACGAACAUCAUUUUCAGCAAUGGUGAUCUAGAUCCUUGGUCAGGAGGUGGAGUAACCAGGAACAUCACAGACACCUUGGUUGCCAUCAUUAUUCCAGAGGGGGCCCAUCAUCUAGAUCUCCGAGGCAACAAUGCUUUUGACCCCAUGACUGUGCUAUUAGCCCGCUCCUUGGAAGUUAAAUACAUGAAGCAGUGGAUUAGAGAUUUCUAUGCUUCUGUAAGGAAGAAGGACUAA